CCUCACCACCUGACCCAUGAUCCUGCAGAAACGCCCCAAAGAGCAGCUCUGUUCGGAGGAGAGGCGAGGAGGACGUGGAGACCCUGGUUCUCCUCAUCGGAGAAGACUGUGGCAAGGAGCACCAGAGGGAAGGAACUGCUUGGACGCCCGGGCAGGUCAGCCCGUGGAAAGCCAGGGAUCACAUCCCACCUCCUGCCAUGGAGCUGAACCAGACAUUCCCAUCCCCAUCACCCAUGCUGGAGACUGAUGGAGAGAACCCAUGCAGGAUAGACAUCACCGAUGUGGCUAUGGACACUGUCACGCUGCUCAUCUGCCUCUGUGGGCUGGUGGGGAAUGGGGCUGUGCUCUGGCUCCUUGGCUUCUGCAUCAGCAGGAACCCAAUCACCACCUACAUCCUCAAUCUGGCCGUGGCCGACUUCACCUUCCUCCUCUUCAUGGUCACCUCAGUCCUCCUCUACAUGAUGGAGAACAUCUUCUGCUCCACUGUGGUGGCUCUGGUGUACCAGAGGCCACUUUUCCUGCUCUCGCUGCUGUCCUACAACAUGGGCCUGUAUCUCCUGAUGGCCAUCAGCAUCGAGAGGUGCUCGUCCAUCCUCUGUCCGCUCUGGUACCGCUGCCACCGCCCUCAGCGCUUGUCAGCCCUGGUGUGUGUCCUGCUCUGGGCCCUCUCCAUCACUGUCAUUGCUGCAGUGACAUCUCUGUGCCUCUUGCAUGAGGAUGAUCACUGCCGCGUGGCUCUCAUCUCCAUGUACGUCCUCAACUUCCUCAUCUUUGCCCCACCCAUGGUCGCUUCCAAUGUGAUCCUCUUCAUCAAGGUCCAGUGUGGCUCCCAGCAGCGCCAACCCAAGCGGCUCUACAUCGUUAUCUUCCUCACCGUCCUCCUCUUUCUCAUCUUCGGGGUUCCCCUCAGCGUCUGGAACUUCCUGCUGCAGUUUGGCUUCGCGGCUGUGCCAUCCCAGGCUGUUUUCCUGCUCGCCUGCAUCAACAGCAGCAUCAACCCCUUCAUCUACUUCCUGGUGGGGAGCUGCCGGAGGCGCUGCUCCGUGGUGCCCCUGCAGGUCGCCUUCCGGAGGGUCUUCGAGGAGACGGGGAUCACCACGAUCUUCCCUUAAGAGCCACUGUGCUUGUGCUGGCUGUGUUGAGACCCCCCCGCUUCAUGCUCAGUGCUGACCCUUGGUCCUGGCUGUGCCUGCAGGCUGCCUUCCUGUAGUGUUGCGAUGCAGCCCAUCCCUGGUCCCAGUCCUGUCCCCAGCCCAUCCCAUGGUACCCCUGUACCCAUCCUCAUCCCAUGCCCAACCCCAUCCAUAGACUGUCCCAUGUUAUGCCUGCUACGUCCCUAUUCCAUCC